GUAGUGUCCACUCCUCUGCUCUUUCAAUCAAAGCUGGUCUGUUUCUCUCUGCUCUGCCUCUUCACCUCUCUGUUUCUAGCUCUCUACACCUCUCUCUCCCAAACCAAAUGCCUCUUCAGAUCUUCACCUUUCGACCCAAUUCAGUCCCCUCUCUUCUCCUACCCUCCCAAUUAUGGAGAGCACAAGUAUGCAAUCCCAACCCAACGUAGAUCUAGCUCUUCCCCUGUCCAUUUCUCAGAUAAUUGGAAGGUCCUGAAGGAGAUCCAAAAUUUGUGCAAGAAUUCUUCUUAAUAAUUUAUGCAGGGAAAGUCUGAGACUUUUGGAGGGAAUUUCAGUACCCAAAAUAGGAUUUCCUAUUUUGUUCAUUACAAUGAGAGCACUGAAAUGCUUUGUGGGUUCCUGAAGAAAUUUCCAGUUAGUGAUUCUGAUAGAACUGUCAUGGAAGAGUGUAGAGGACUUGUAGUAGUCUCGGCUAUCUUCAAUGAUAAUGAUAAAAUUCGACAACCCAAGGGGAUUGGAUCGAAAACCCUUGAGAAUGUAUGUUUCUUUAUGUUUAUAGAUGAGAUAACCCUCAAAAGAUUUUACCAGCAUCAUUUGAUUCCAGAAAAAUCUGAAAACUACAAGAUUGGUGCAUGGAGGGUUGUCAAGGGUUUGAGCAAGGGAUUGUAUGAGAAUCCGGCAAUGAAUGGUGUGAUACCAAAGUAUUUAGUUCAUAGACUUUUCCCAAACGCCAAAUUCAUCAUUUGGGUGGAUGCGAAAAUGCAGCUGAUGGUUGAUCCAUUACUUUUGAUUCAUACACUUGCUGUGAAUGAGAACCCCGAUAUGGCGAUUUCAAAGCAUCCUUACUAUGUUCAUACUAUGGAAGAAGCAAUGGCGACGGUGAGGUGGAAGAAAUGGUGGGACGUUGAUGGAUUGAAGAGGCAAAUGGAGACUUGUUGCUCCCCUGGACUCCUGAUAAGCUUCCUUAUCCCUCAGGAGCAACUUGAUAUCUAUCAAACGUUUCUCAAAGCCAACUUCUUGUGUUGAUAGAAGAUUGCUAUAUAUGAUCCGGAUGCUUGCUUUGGUUUUAGUAUUUGAGAGUAAGCUCUUUUCUGAGUAAGGAGAUAAAGUUCAAGCCUGAGAAAUCAAAGAUAGUAGGUAGUAGUAACACUGAGUUUGCCGGUUUUCUAAGAAAAUGGGAUCUUUUUUCUUUCUUUCAAGGAGGCAUAUUAUAUUUCUUGUGAGAGAUGAAAUGUGGUAAUUUUCUUCUGUUUGUAUCGGUUUCAUCAAAAUUAUUUUCAGGAAUUAGAUGCAUUGAAUCUAACACGUCUUUCGGCCUAGUCACGACUGGUCCCACUGCGCUUUCUUCAUGUGUGGGAGAAAUACUUCGAUCCCUUCGGGCAGCCAUGGCUGUGGGACUGAAAUUGAAGUUAUUGUUGAUGACUCCAAGGACACAAGCCAAAACUACAGAAGCACCCCCACCACUAUCACAAUUUUUUUACCAUUGUCUUUGUCGUAGUUUGGCGAAGGUGGCGAGGGCAUGUUAAGUGCACAUAUCACAGGACUGCUGAAGGUGUGUCGCGAUAGGGUGCGGUAUGUGGAAGCCUUUGAAAAAAGUGAAAGAGAAGAAGGUCUGAAACUGGAAUAAGGCCUUGCUAAUCCGGCUGCACGGCUAGUGGUGGAAGGAAUGUGUAGAGCACCACGAUGGAGACAAAGUGCAGAGUCCAUCAUACCAGUUUGUGCUCACGACUGAGGACUUAGGGUUCUAGCUAGAAAUUGAAGGGUUAAGGAUACGAGUAUUAUUGAUCGAUCAUAGUCUGAAAUGAGACGAGGACUGAAAAUAUGAGGAAUAUUUUGAGGCGUGCUGAAGUAAGGUAUCAAACUUUCGUCUUUGUAUUAUGGGAUUUCCUUACAUGUGAAUAUGUACCGGAAAAGAUAAAAUGUGUUACACAUGAUCAUACGCAAGGGAUUUAUUCUCUAUGUACAUGGUAAAGCAUCGAACUGUAAUCUCUUUGUCAAGCAAUAUAAGAAAAUACAGCUCUACAAGUUUGUCUUCGGUCCCUGUUUGUUUUAGACCUGUUCUCAGAUUGAUCCCCACAAAGAGUUCAAUUGUGAGAGAACGCAGCCAACAUCAAACCCAAUCUAUUGAAUAAUCCCUUACAAGAACCCACCGGCACUGACCUAUGGAACUCCAUCACUGUUUGUCAAGCAAUAUAAGAAAAUACAGCUCUACAAGUUUGUCUUCGGUCCCUGUUUGUUUUAGACCUGUUCUCAGAUUGAUCCCCACAAAGAGUUCAAUUGUGAGAGAACGCAGCCAACAUCAAACCCAAUCUAUUGAAUAAUCCCUUACAAGAACCCACCGGCACUGACCUAUGGAACUCCAUCACUGACUAAACAUCACUGAUAAUUAAACACCCUGCUUUCUGAUUUUCUUGCUAUUGCUGCUACUGUCUUCUGAGUUUUUCUAUUGUUUAAGUAAAUCUGUGUGAGGUAAUUCUCAUUUGCUGGUCUCAAUCUUCAGUAGUCGAUAUCUCUGGCAUAAUUGUCCAUCAAACCAAAGACAACAAUACAGGGAUCAUGAUGCAGAGCGGAUGACAGCCCAAUUUGAGGAACAGUUAGAUCGUGCUAAAGGAGGAAAACGAAAAGUGACUAGUAGACAGGAAACAGCAGUUCGGUGUCUGAUUGGGACGCACCUUACCUUUCCGGAAAGGGAAUCGCGCCAGAAACAAGACUCAUGGCUUUGUCAUGAGCUGUAGCAUUUUUCGGGCUUUCGGGGUCGUUUAGGGCCUCAAAACUGCAUUUUUCUAUUUUACCCGUUUUUGGUUUUCCUAGUUAUUUUUUGUUGUAGUCGUUUUUAUCCAUGGGCUUUAGGGUUUCGUUGUUAGUCGCCCUAGGGUACUUUUCUCUUAUUUAUGCAGCCGCAA